CUUCACCCAAAAACACCACGUGACCCAGAGCGCCCCACGUGAUCUGUGGAAAGCUGAUCAUGUGACUCAGUCAUUCGCUCCUCUACAGUCCCCUGCGGUGAAAGACGAGAGUCAACAUGAGACUGGUGCAGUACACCGUGGUUGUCCUCAGUCUCUGGGCCUGUGGCGUGAACUCCAGGAGCUGCUCAGCGUUUUUCUGCCGCAAACAUCACCGUGUGAGCGGAGUGACAGGAGAAGACCCUGGUUCUCCUCUGUUCUUAACGCCGUACCUGGAGAAGGGACAAGUAGAUGAAGCCCGCAGACUCAGUCUCGUAGGUGAGCUGCCCGGUGCUAAUGUGAAAAGCUACGCUGGCUACCUGACCGUCAACAAAAAAUACAACAGCAACCUCUACUUCUGGUUCUUCCCUGCGCUUAUGCCGAGACAGGACAAGGCUCCUGUCCUGCUAUGGCUUCAGGGUGGACCAGGAGGAACGUCCAUGUUUGGACUCUUCGUGGAGCACGGACCAUACGUGGUUUAUAAGAACAUGACAGUGGGUUUGAGGGACUUCGCCUGGACAAAGCAAUAUUCAGUAUUGUACAUUGAUAAUCCAGUUGGGACCGGCUUUAGCUUCACCGAUGACGACAGUGGGUUUGCUCAGAAUCAGGAUGAUGUUGGCAGAGACCUGUACAGUGCUUUAACCCAGUUCUUCCAGAUCUUUCCUGAGUAUCAGGCCAAUGAGUUUUAUGCAACAGGCGAAUCCUACGCUGGGAAGUACGUUCCUGCCAUUUCUUACUACAUCCAUAAAAACAAUCCCAGCGCGAAGGUGAAGAUCAACUUUAAGGGGAUGAUGAUUGGCGAUGGCCUCUGUGACCCUGAAAUGAUGCUUGGAGGUUACGGUGAGUUCUUGUACCAGACAGGGAUGAUCGACGAGCAGCAGAAGGAGUACGUGGUGAAACAGACCGACAAAGGUGUCGCCCUCAUCCAGCAGCAGAAGUGGGUCGAGGCGUUUCAGGUGUUCGACAGUUUGCUGAACGGUGACGUGGAUCCAUAUCCUUCCUUUUUUCAAAACGCCACAGGCUGCACCAACUACUUCAACUACAUGACCUGUCAGGAGCCCGAGGACCAGGAGUACUUCUCCCAGUUUGUCACUCUGCCAUCAGUGCGACGUGCCAUUCACGUAGGGAACCUGACGUUCCACGAUGGCUCAGAGGUGGAGAAACAUCUGGUGCAGGACGUCAUGAAGAGCAUCAAGCCGUGGCUGGGAGUGUUGAUGGACAACUACAGGGUCCUCAUCUACAGCGGUCAGCUGGAUGUCAUUGUAGCUGCUCCACUGACGGAGAGGUUCCUGCCCACUGUGAACUGGACCGGAGCCGCCGAGUACAAAACGGCUCCCCGGUACCACUGGAAGGUCCAGCCGUCUGACACGGAGGUGUCAGGUUACGUCAGACAAGUGAAAGAUUUCUACCAGGUUAUCAUCCGGGGAGGCGGGCACAUUCUACCGUACGACCAACCGGCGAGGUCCUUCGACAUGAUUGACAGAUUCCUGUCGACCAGAGGCUGGAUCUGAAAUAUUUUGGUAUUUGAAAUAUCAUUUUCUUCAUCGGUGAUUCUUGAUUUGACACAAAUAUGACCAGCUUGGCUCCAGGUGACUUUAUUUUCUACCUGUCAGAGGUCUACAUUGGAAAAGUGGAAUCCAAUGGUACAAGGUUGCACUGAUUGUCGGGGUUAAAUUCUCUGUAUAUUUUGGUCAUUUUUGAAUAGAAAUAUUAUUUUGGGACAGUUUCACAGACAGGAUUUAAAUGAAGCCUGAAUUAGGAUCAAAUCUGUACCAGUAAGUAUUUAAGUGUGUACCAGCUUAAAUCUAAAAACAGAAGUAAGGAAUCUGUUAGUUUGUGCCAGUUUAUGCUUAACAUCAGGUUAGUAACGUUAGACUAGAGUUAACUACAUUUGUUAUCGCUAUAGAAGAAAUAACAGCAAAUUAAAAUGAACCAACGCAAUGUUAAUGUUGCAUGUUAAUUGCUAACACACACAAAAAAACAAUUUCCAUACAGUAUUGUGAAAUAUAUGUAUAUAGAAGCAACAUGAAAAGGAUUUCAAAUGUACAAACCUUUGACCACUGAAGUGACAGGCUGUAAAAACUAGACAGGAAGUUAUUAAAGUUAUCUACCAACCUUGUUUAUGUAUGAAUAAAACAAUGGUGUUUUUCUUAAAUACGUCAAUAUUUUGUAUUGAAUUGUAAUAAAAUUCCUGCCUUGGGCCGGAUUUAACCGGAGUUAUUUCGACUCUUUUCUACACUUCUUCUAAGUCCUGUCUGUGAAACUGGUCCCAGUGUUGCUGUCGGUUAGUUAAUAUGUACAGAAAAACGAACAAUUUAAAAUUUAAAUCGAAUUAAAAUUUUGUUUGUUUUUUUAA